AUGGUGUGCACAGUCUCUUAUGCGUCGGGCAUGGACAAGGCCUCCUUCGAGCGUGUCAUGCUCUGGUGGCUCAAGUACCGGGAGAAGGGCCCUACGCCGCCCCACACCGGCUACACGAUUGUCGACGGCCAGGAGCUGCAGAAGGUCCUCGAAACCAAGCUGGGCAGGCCCUACACCAUGGAGAUUCUGGAAUCGCGAUUGGACGACAAAAUCAACGCGCUGGCAGACAACAUGGAUGGCGUGGAGCUGUUGAUCAUCAGUGGCAAGAAGACGUUCGGGGGCUGGAGCGUGCCCUACCUGACCGUAGGCAUCCACGCCCGGAUUCGGUGGACAGAAACGGUCAAGAUCGUUGGUACGCACUCUGGCAGUUGA